CGGACACCACUCAGGAGGUCACGAGGAAAUACAAAAACAAACCCCUCGGCAGCAGUAGCAGCUGCAGAGCACCCCAUCGAUUUCUGUGUGUCCAUCAACAUGGCGGCGGCGCUGAUGGACGGCGAGCUCGGCAGCAUUGUGAACGUCUCCGCGGCGGCGUGGGCGGCAAUGUCCUACGCCCGCCUUGCCGCGGGUCACCUCCGCCCAGGCGCGCCUCGCCUCGCCGCGCUCCUGCCCGUCGUUGCGCUGCUCUACGCGAUCCCCUUCGCCUUCUCGACCUCCACGUUCCGCGGCACCUCGGCCUUCUUCCUCACCUGGCUCGGCUCCUUCAAGAUCUUCCUCCUCGCCGUCGGCCGCGGGCCCCUCGAGCCAUCCCUGUCUCUCCCUCACUUCGUCUGCUCCGCCUCCCUCCCCGUCAAGCUCCGGCAGUCCACCGCAGACAAAGACAAGAGUCAAGCUCCUGUCCCCUCCCGCGUUCACGCCCCCGUCAGGGUGCUCCUCUCUGGCGCUGUCAUCCCCGUCAUCAUCUACUCGUACCAGUUCAAGAACGCGAUGAACCGGUACCAGCUCCUCGUCUUGUACACCUUGCACAUCUACUUCUCACUGGAUCUCCUCCUGGCCACCGUCCACACCGUGAUCCACGACUUGCUCGGGAUGGAGAUGGAGCCUCAGGUGAACCGGCCGUACCUGGCGUCGUCUCUGCGGGACUUCUGGGGUCGGCGGUGGAACCUCAUGGUUUCGUCCAUCCUCCGGCCGUCGGUGUUCGACCCCGUUCGCGCGCGCCUCGGCAAUGCGGCGGGCGUCCUGGCGGCGUUCCUCGUGUCCGGGCUUAUGCACGAGCUCAUCUUCUACUACAUCAUGCGGAGCGCGCCCAGCGGUGAGGUGACCGCGUUCUUCCUCCUGCACGGGACGUGCGCGGCCGCGGAGCGCUGGUGGGCGUCGCACCCGGGGUGGUGGCGCCGCCCGCGGGCGGUCGCGUUGCCGCUGACGCUGGCUUUCGUGGCCGGGACGGGGUUCUGGCUGUUCUUCCCGGCCCUGAUGAAGGGCGGCAUGGACGAGAUGGUGCUGCGGGAGUGCCAGGGCAUGGUGGCGCUCAUGGAGCAGGCUGGCCGGCGGCUCGCCGUCGCCACGGAUCUCGUCUCUUCGACCAUGUGAGGAGCGGAGGGAAAUUGUAAUUUCAUUUUCACUGCGCUGAUGGAUGUUAUGUGGGCCGCACAAUUAGAUCCGACGGAUGUCUUGUGUGGUCGGCGCGCGGAUCCGCAGGCGUGUGCUCGUAUUACUUCUCUUUUGUGA